CGUUUUUGAUAUUGUUUGACACAAGCCGGCUUGCGAGCUGUAGUGUUUGUAGUGGCCAGCGGUUUCCUAUGUAAACGUAAUCAAGAACAACGCUAAGAACGUAAGAAAUCCAAAAUGCAGAAAGCAAUCCUCUUCGGGCUACUUGUCGCCUCAACGAUACUUUUCUAUCAUGCGGAUGGACAAGCACGUAAAACACAGCAGGGCAUGACGAUGGCCGAGCGUGUACAACAACUCACGGAAAUGUCCAGUAAACGUGCUGUGCUGCGUUUCAAUGCAAAUAAAUUCAAGGACUAUGUUAAGACUGCACCCAGAAACUAUUCCAUUGUGGUGAUGUUCACAGCAAUGGCCCCACAGCGUCAAUGUGGUGUGUGUAAACAUGCCAAUGAUGAGUUUGGUAUUGUGGCCAAUUCAUUCAGAUAUUCACAAGCAUAUUCAAAUAAAUUGUUCUUUGCUGUUGUUGAUUUCGAUGAGGGUUCUGAUGUUUUCCAAAUGAUGAGAUUGAAUACUGCACCAGUAUUCAUCCAUUUCCCAGCCAAAGGUAAACCAAAGAAUGCAGACACCAUGGAUAUCCAAAGGAUUGGUUUCUCUGCCGAAUCAAUUGCCAAAUGGAUUGGAGAACGUACAGAUGUCCAGAUUCGUGUAUUCCGUCCACCAAACUAUUCUGGAACAUUAGCUCUGCUUUUCCUGUUCACAUUCUGCGCGAUUCUGCUGUAUUUGAAGCGCAACAACUUGGAGUUCCUCUACAACAAGAACAUGUGGGCGAUGGGCGCGUUAUUCAUUUGUUUCAUGAUGGUCUCAGGUCAAAUGUGGAAUCAUAUCCGAGGUCCGCCAUUUUUCCACAAGGGGCAAAACGGGCAGGUUUCUUACAUUUACGGAUCAUCGCAGGGGCAAUUUGUAUUGGAGACAUACAUUGUUAUGGUUUUAAAUGCCGCAAUUGUACUAGGUAUGAUUCUUCUCACUGAGUCAGCCAGCAAACGAGGCGAUCCCAAAAAGAAGAAGAUUUACGCCAUUGCAGGACUUGUCUUGGUUUCGGUAUUUUUCUCAUUGAUUCUGUCAGUCUUCAGGUCAAAAACACAGGGAUAUCCUUAUAGCUUUCUGUUCAAAUAACAACUUGGUUCACAUCGUUUUCUACAUAUGUGAGUGUGUGUAUGUCGUUGUCAACAUGCACGGGUGCAAUUAGAGUGUUUGUUAUGUGAGUCUACAAGAAAAACUGACUAUUUGUUAAUAAAAUCGAAACAAACCCAAAAA